UUACUGUAUACCUUUAAUGCAUGGUGGCGACAAUUUUUGAAUAAUUUAUGUUGUCUUAUAAGCUUUGAAACGUUUCUGUUGCAUCAGUUUAAUCAUACCAACAAAAUGAAGAGAAGUGCUGUGAUGAUACUGCUCUGCUUUCUCCACUUUCAUGUCCAAAGUUCGCAUCAAAUUCAACCUGAAAUCAGCAUAUCUCAGUUCCCAGAAGGCUUCAUCUUUGGAAUAAGUACUUCAUCGUAUCAGGUUGAAGGAGCACCUUCUGAAGAUGGCAAAGGUUUAAGCAACUGGGAUGUUUUUAGCCAUACACCAGGUAAGAUAAACAAUGGUGACAAUGGUGACAUUGCAGAUGAUCAUUAUCAUCGUUAUUUGGAAGACAUUGAGUUGAUUUCGUCUCUUGGAGUAAAUGUAUAUCGAUUUUCUAUUUCAUGGACCAGGAUUUUGCCAAGAGGGAGAUAUGGGAGCAUAAACCCAAGAGGGAUAAUGUUUUACAAUAAGAUUAUUGACAAUCUGCUGCUUAGAGGAAUUGAGCCAUUUGUGACAAUUCAUCAUCAAGACUUGCCACAAGAAUUGGAGGAAAGAUAUGGUGGCUGGAUCAGUCCCCUUAUGCAGAGAGAUUUUGUUCAUUUUGCUGAAAUCUGUUUUAAGAGCUUUGGAGACAGGGUUAAGUAUUGGAUUACAAUCAAUGAACCAGCACUGACUGCAAACUAUGGAUUUUUGAAUGGAAAAUAUCCCCCUGGUCACUGUUCUCCACCCUUUGGAAAUUGUUCUGCUGGUAACUCUGAUGUCGAGCCUCUCAUUGUCAUGCACAAUUUGUUACUGUCACAUGCCAAGGCUGUCGAAUUAUACCGCAAGCACUUUCAGAAAAAACAAGGUGGAAAUAUUGGCAUUGUUGUAAUCACAGAAAUGUACGAACCACUUAGAGACGAAGAAUGUGAUAGACAAGCUGUGAGAAGGGCCUUGGCUUUUAGCAUAGCCUGGGUAUUAGAUCCUCUGGUUUUUGGAAAGUACCCUACAGAGAUGCUCUCUAUCCUUGGGAGUAAGUUGCCAGUGUUCUCUCCUAAGGAGAAGAGUCUUAUAAAAGGAAGCAUAGACUUCAUUGGCAUCAAUCACUAUGCAACCCUCUAUGUCAAAGAUUGCACCCUUUCUACUUGUUCUCUUGGAUCAAAUCAUCCAAUAACAGGUUUUUUGGAAACAAUUUCAACAAGAGAUGGCAUUCCAAUUGGUGAUCCGCAGACAGGAAUACCAUUCUACUGUGUGGUUCCACAGGGCAUGGAGAAAAUAGUUGACUACAUUAAGAUAAGAUACCAUAAUCUGCCUAUGUAUAUUACAGAAAAUGGAUAUUCAUCACUGCUCAAACCAGAUGAAACAGUACAUGAUUUAUUGCAAGAUUUCAAACGAAUAGAAUUCCACAAGGCUUAUCUUGCAGCCCUCCUUAGAGCCAUAAGGAAUGGUGCAGAUGUAAGAGGAUACAUGAUAUGGUCUUUAUUGGAUAACUUUGAAUGGGCAAUGGGUUAUAACACAAUGUUUGGACUUCAUUAUGUGGAUAGACACACUCUUAUCAGAAUUCCAAAACUUUCUGCACAAUGGUUUUCUGGUUUCCUCAAGAAAACCAACAUAACAGAAGAAUUGAGUCACAGCAUCAUAUGAUCAAAGAUGUUACCAGUGCUGAUUUGAGUUAUCUGAUCAGUUUCUGUUAACAUGUUCUUCAUCUGCAACUGUGCAAGUAUAUAAUAAAAGGAAUCACUCAUUGUUCUCUACAUUUUAUCAAUCUGUAAUACUUUGUGCCCUGGAGGGCUGUUUUGUUUACAGUUUAUAAUUUUUGUAAGUUCAUAUAUUUUCAUAAGUUCAUAUUCUUGUAUAAAUAUGAGGGGAUUCAUGUAUUAUAUGAUAAUAAUGUGUAUUGUUUUUA